AUGCUUCAGCUGUUCUUUAUACAAUACCCUGGAUUCAAGGAGAUCAGAAAUGGAAUUGCGCUUGUGGAGUACGAAGAUGAUGUUCAGUCUUCUAUGGCUGUGCAGGCUCUUCCAAGUUUCAAGAUCAUUCCACAGAAUCCAAUGCUUGUAUCUUUCGCCAAGAAGUGA